AAAAUUAUAGGUAGAUGAUUGCACACAUACAUCAUACAUGUUUGUAUAUACUCAUAGGAGGAAGGUCAGAGCAUAGGAUCAUUUUGUAGCUCUCAUGUCGUCUUUUCCAUAUGAGAAAAUGGCAGAAUCAUUGCUCUCAACGAUUGCAUCUGCUGUUAUAGGCAAGUUGGGGUCUUUAGCUUUACAAGAAGUUCGUCUAGCACGGGCUCUCAAAACUGAAUUGAAAAGGCUAGAGGAAAACAUGAUCACAAUCAAAGCAGUGCUACUGGAUGCUGAGGAACAACAGGCACACAAUCACGAGCUACGCAUUUGGCUUGGCAGGCUGAAGAACUUCUGCUUCGAUGCAGAGGACGUGUUGGAUGAGUUGGACUAUGAAGUCUUACACAGACAAUUCGUCAAACAGAACGGGAGCACUAGUGCAAAGGUACGUCGACUCUUGUCUCACUCGAAUCCGCUGGCAGUCCGGAUUGCUAUUUCACAUAAGAUUAACGAUCUUAAUGAGAGACUAGACGUGUUAGCGACUCAAAAAUCUAGAUUCCAUCUUAGAGAGCUCGUUGACCAUGGACCUGUCACGCGUAGACAAAGAGAGUUGACUGACUCUUUGUUAAGAACAUCAAAUGUUAUUGGAAGAGAAGUUGACAAGGAAACAAUCAUGAAAUUUCUGUUGCAAUCAGGGGGAAAAAGUGAAGGUGGGUCUGUCUCUGUUAUUCCUAUUGUUGGAAUUGGUGGAUUGGGGAAAACUACACUUGCUAAAUUGUUAUACAAUGAUAAGAGGGUAGAUGUAAACUUUCAAUUGAAGAUGUGGGUGUGUGUAUCUGAGGAAUUUGAAAAGAAAGAGAUCAUGGUGAAAAUGAUCAAGUUCUUAACUCAUCAGAAUUGUAGUUACCUGGAUCCUGAACAAUUGCAAACUUUCAUUCGAGAUAAACUGAAGUCCAAGAAGUUUUUACUUGUUCUGGAUGAUGUGUGGAGUGAUGAUCGUUAUAAAUGGUCUGAAUUGAGAGAUUUACUGGAGGAAGGUGAUGAUGGAAGUAAAGUCAUUGUGACAACGCGUAGUGCCUCGGUUGCAAGAAUAGUUGGUACUGUUUCGGCGCAUAACUUGAAAGGUCUUCCCUAUGAAGAUUGUUUGUCUUUGUUUAAGAAAUGGGCAUUCAACAAAGGAGAAGAGGAACAUUACCCAAACCGUAUGGAAAUUGGAAAGGAUAUUGUCAAAAAAUGUGGUGGACUUCCUUUGGCAGUGAGGACACUAGCAACUCUACUCUAUGAGAGGAAUGAAGAUCAUUAUUGGAAGUUCAUUAGAGAAAAUGAAGUGUGGGAGUUGGAGCAAAAGGAAGGAGACAUUUUACCAACACUAAAACUAAGCUAUGAUCAAAUGAAGUCUCACUUGAAACCAUGUUUUGCUAUUUGCUCAAUCUUCCCGAAGGAUUACGAAUUCAGUAGUUAUUGGUUGCCUCGUGUUUGGAUGGCGCAUGGGCUUCUCCAAUCUUCUGAUGAAGGGCAAGAGCUUGAAGAUAUUGGAUUACAAUAUAUCAAGGAAUUAUAUUCUAAGUCAUUUUUUCAAGAUUUUAUUGAUCAUGGUGACUUUUUUGUGUUUAAAAUGCAUGAUCUAGUGCAUGAUCUUGCAUUAUCAGUGGCACAAGGUGAGUGCUCGAUGGUAACCAUUCGCAGUAAGAACAUCUCUGAAGGGAUUCGACAUAUGUCAUUCUUUGACAAGGCUUUACUUGACAAGAAGAUUCCAGAGUUCCUACAAAAGUCGAGCCAUUUGCGGACCAUACUUUUCCAAUCUAAAGCAGAAGGGCCUACCAUUCAAUCCUUCGUUUUUAACUCCAUUUCUUCAUGCAAAUAUUUGAGGAUGUUGGAUUUAGCAAGAUCGUCUUUUGCUGUGUUGCCAAGCUCAGUUGGUGCUUUGAAACAUCUGACAUAUCUUAACUUAAGCCGAAAUUAUAGGAUCAAGGAAUUGCCCGAUUCAAUUUGCAAUUUGCACAACUUACAAUCUUUAUGCCUUGGUGGAUGUUUAAGACUUGAAAAGUUGCCAAGAGACAUGAGGAGCAUGAUUAAAUUAAGAUGUCUUGUUAUGACGGUUAAACAAAAGUGUCUGCCAGCGGAUGGAAUAGGGAGCCUAAAAUCUCGUCAAUUUUUGUCUAUUGAAGAAUGUAGCAAUCUUGAGUUUUUGUUGGAAGGAAUUCAGCUCCUGACGUCAUUGCGGUCAUUGCAUAUUUCGAGCUGUGAAAAUUUGAUUUCUUUGCCAAAUUUGAAGUACUCAACUAUGUUACAGACUUUGUUGAUAAAGGACUGUAAAAAACUUAAUUUGAUGGGAGUGGAAGAAAGUGGACUCCUUGACCUGAGCCUUCAAUCCUUGAUCCUCGAUGAAUUACCACAGUUGAUUACCUUGCCUGAGUGGCUUCUAGGGUCGUCAAAAACUUUACAAUGCCUCUCUAUUCGUUCUUGUGUCAACCUGUCGACACUGCCGUUGUGGAUCAAGAGUUUCACUGUGCUCAAAAAGGUCGAAAUUGAAAGAUGUCCUGACUUGUUUCUAAGGCCAGGGCAAUUGCGGCACAGUGUAGCUCUGGCUCUAGCUCAUGUUCCACAGGUUUCUCUGAAAUCAACGCACCUAGAGGAUUACAUUCCAGCUAACAGGGUGCCUGUUGGCAGAUGAGUAUGUGAUGUAUGUAUCAACCCUGAAGCAGAUGCUGUCAUGGUGACUGGUUCCGAGCCUGUGGGCUGAGGCUCAUGGUUGGUCGGGUCUGCACCUACAGGAGGUCAGUUACUGGACCAGGCUUCCCAUACCCAUUAUGGGGUGGUCCUUGGGAGACAAAUCCGCGAGGCAUGGGCCCAAAGCGGAGAAACUGCUGAUUGUUUGGAGUGGGCGGGCUGAUCUUAUCUUAUUAGUAUUCUGCAAAUUUUGCUCCUAAUAUCAUUCAUCUUUCA